CUGAUUUCGAGUCGAAAUACAUAUCGCAAUGUCGCAAACUGUGCCACUUCCACCGCCGCCUCCAACUAGCAUAAAAAACUGUAGAAGUACUUUAAAAAAAGAUGAGAUUGUUGUUCCCAUAGUGCAAAUACCCAAUGAUGAAUGCAGUUGGGCAUCGAGGCAUCCGGACGUUCAGAAGGGCUGCUUCCUCAGUCGCGUAUGCCAACAUGCAGAGCCCAAGAGCUGCCAAUAUUAUGACAUCUCUAGUCUUUUACAAGUGGGACCCACUUGUGGCCUAACAGCUUUAAGCAUGUUGCUCAAAGGACUGCCGACACCGACGGAAUUGCUUGCAGAUGCCGUUGCACAAAAAUAUUCCAUAAAUGGUGAAAUGUUCAGUGCUCAAUAUUUAUACGAGUUGACACUAAAGCAUUUAAACGGUACGGGUGCUUGCCAAUUUCACGAAGGCAUUCUAAAUUGUGUCAAAAUCAAAGAGCUGUUAUGUGCUGGCGCCUGUUUAUUUGUUCCUUACGAUGCCGACGUCAAUCAUGCACCCUGCCAGAAGUCCGGCCAUCGUGCUCAUUGGGCGCUCAUUGUGGGUUAUCUGGUCGAUGAUCAGGACGAGUUCUACGUUCUGGCGAGACAUGGCAAGACACGUAACCUGGCUGUAUGGUCGCUUCUGGCCCUCAGCGCGAGCAAUGCCAAUCUGAUGGAGUUUGCACAGCCCAAGGGCUAUCCAAGCUGCACCUUUCUGUUGCCACCCGGUGGGAUAGACGGUGCUCUUGGUCUCAAGGAACGCUCUAUUAUAGUCACCGGACUGCCAUAUCAUAUUAUUAAUGUGCGAUGAUGCUGUAAUUUGUGCAAUAUUCAAAUGUAUAACACGAUUAUUUUGUCUUUAAA